AUGAAGAGUCAGUGUGAAAAAAAGGUUGUGAUUUUAUAUUUCUUAGUGGUUACAUUGUCUAUUGCUGAUGGCCAGAGCUGCAAUGGUGGUGCGAACUGCAUCCCAUUGAACGAUUGCCAAGGAUUAUACUCACAACUCCAGCGCGGUAACACUCCACAGCUCACACAGCUACUGCGGAGUCUGCACUGCGGAUUUCAGGAAGUCGAUGUGCCUAAGAUAUGCUGUCCACCGCAGUUUUUAAAUCAAAAUGAUGAAGCUAGAACCAAUGGGCCAACCGUCGAAUCGAGAUCUCCGAGAGAUCCCAUCGGUAUUUUACCUGACGAGCGAAUCUGCGGCAUCCAAAACAACGAGAGAAUAGUGGGUGGAGUACAAACAGACCUUGACGAACACCCCUGGAUGGCAUUACUUCGAUAUGAUAAACCUGUUGGAUGGGGCUUCUACUGCGGAGGCGUACUGAUAUCAUCUAGAUACGUUCUCACUGCUGCACAUUGCGUCAAGGGCUCUGAUUUACCGCGGACCUUUAGACUAUCUCAAGUUCGUCUUGGUGAAUGGAACACAUCAAAUCUGGUUGACUGUAUCAAGGACGAUUGCGCUCCGCCCGUGCAGGACAUCCCCGUAGAACAGAUAAUUGCGCAUGAAGGAUAUAUCCCAGAAGAUGCCAACCAACAUAAUGACAUUGCGUUGCUGAGGCUCUCGCGCGAUGCACGAUAUAAUGAUUUCGUCAAGCCUAUAUGCCUACCACUCACCAGAGAACUUCAACGCGGCACAUAUGAGGGUUAUGACAUGGAGGUAGCUGGAUGGGGCAAGACUGAAACGCGUAGCGAAUCCGACGUAAAGUUAAAAGUAAGAGUACCGGUAGUGCAGAACAACGAUUGCGGUAAAGUGUACGACAGAGUAAGUCGAGCGAUAGUCAACAGCCAGAUGUGUGCGGGCGGAGUCGCCGGACAAGACUCGUGUCGAGGAGACUCCGGGGGCGCGCUCAUGGGUCAAGCGCCCGCCGCCAACAACUGGAUGGUCAUCGGCGUUGUGUCUUACGGCCCUUCACCCUGUGGAACUCCGGGGUGGCCAGGAGUCUACACCCGCGUCGGCACUUAUGUUAACUGGAUACUGUCUAAUAUGCGACCUUAA